AUGCUCCAAAGAGCCCACGCGGCAAGCGCGUCUCCUCCCCUUCUGCAUUCUCGGGGGUCUCAGACCCCAUCCCCACAUCCGCCCCACCUGCUCUGCCGCCCCACGACGCGCUCCUCGCCGCAGCAGCCGGACCGAGGAGUCCCUUCCUGGUCCGUCCCAGAAGUGCGCCGACGGGGAACGCGAGCCUCGGCCUCUUGGUUCCGGCUUGCGUCGGGGGACGAGAAAGUGGGGGGAAACCUGCUUGAAGGUGGUUCAGGAGGUCCAGCGCAAGAUCCCAUUUUUGGCAUCAGUUAUUGCUUAAGAAUAGAGACUUUGCACAAGCACUUUUUGGAUGAGAAUCGCACUCAUAAAUCAUUUGGACUUAUGUUCUUUCACAUCAUGCCUGUAGCAGCUCCCCUGGCUCUCCUUCUGGCUGCCUUCUCCCUGGGAGUCUGCUGGCUGUCCAGCCCCCGAGAGACAUUUCUAGCUUCUUUGGAUGCCCAAGAGAUUUCCUCUUACUUUGAUACCACUUCAGACAUGGAGGCGCUCGAGUUCCAGGUUGUGCAGCUCACUUGCUCCUGCAAAGAAGGACAGUCUGGUUCAACACCUUGCAGAGUCCAGCAAUGCUCCUUUACAGCUUGGGGGGAGCUCUAUGCCUUUGGAUUCCCAGAGGACUGGGCCCUCCUUUCUGCUUCGUUCACCAGUGACCGGAGGCUGAAUUCUUCUGUCAGUUUGCUGAGGCGUUUCUGGGGCAAUUGCUUUGCUGGAGGGAAAGUCCUGAGUCCUCCAGGGGCAGAAGGCCGGUUCACAUACUGCGAAGGGCAGCUGCAAGGAGUGGCCGUGACCCCUGGGGAGAAGGUUCACAUUCGACCUGUAAGAAGCAAACACCUGAAGCUGCUGAAGGGUCUGCUUCAUCCCAAGCCUCAUGUUGUCUUCAAGACUCCCCAUAACCACACAACAGUGCUGCCAGAAAGAAAGCUUCUGUCCCGAGUCCGGAAAGGGGCUGAGUUGAAUGUGAAACACUUGGAGCUGCUUGUUGUGGUGGGGCCAGAUGUCUUCCACUUCCAUAAAGAAGACACGGAGAGGUACAUCCUCACCAACCUGAACAUUGCUGCUGAGUUGCUCCGGGAUGUCUCGCUGGGAGCUCAGCUCAGGGUUCACCUGAUCCGAAUGAUCAUCCUCACAGAGCCGGAGGAAGGCAUCAGCAUCACCGCCAACCUCACUUCCUCCCUCCUCAGUGUUUGCGAGUGGGCCAGGAAGGUCAGCCCUGGGAACGACUCUGAUCCCAGCCAUGCAGACCUUGUUCUGUACGUGACCAGGUUUGACCUGGAGUUACCGGAUGGGGACAACCAAGUGCGGGGCGUCACCCAGCUGGGCGGGGCCUGCUCCACCCUCUGGAACUGCAUCAUCACUGAGGACACAGGGUUUGACCUGGGAGCCACCAUGGCCCAUGAGAUCGGGCACAGCUUUGGGAUCCGGCAUGAUGGAGAGGGGAACCAGUGCUCCAGGAGUGGACACAUUAUGGGCUCGGAGGGAGCUCUCAACAGCGUGGACCUAGCGUGGUCUGUGUGUAGCAGAGAGCAGCUCCUUGCCUUUGUCAGGGCAGGUGAAGCAGACUGCAUGGACGACCUGCCGGCCCUCAAGGGCAGCAGCAUCCCAGGAGGGCAGCCCGGCCUGUAUUACGGGGUGGACGAGCAGUGCAAGGUGGCCUUUGGCAGCCCAGCCGCUGCCUGCACUUUUGCCAGGCAUGACACGGAUCUGUGUGGUGUUCUGUCUUGUCACACAAAUGCAGCCGACCUGGCUAGCUGUACGCGGCUUCUUGUCCCCCUCCUGGAUGGAACUGAAUGUGGGGUCAACAAGUGGUGCUUCAAAGGCCGCUGCAGCUCCCUGGGAGACCUGGGUCCCAUCACAGCAGUCCACGGGCACUGGUCCAGCUGGACGUCCUUCACGGCCUGCUCCCGCAGCUGCGGGGGAGGAGUCGUGGCCCGAAGACGGCAGUGCAACAGCCCCAGGCCUGCUUUUGGCGGACAUCCGUGUGAAGGGGAAGCCUUUCAAGCUGAGAUGUGUAACACCCAGCCCUGUCGGACGACCCAGCUGGAUUUCAUGGAGGAACAAUGCGCUGCAACAGAUGUGAAGCCCCUUUACCUCAGCCUAGAAUUUCCAUCUUUUUACAAGUGGAUUUCAGCUGCUAAUUAUGCCAAAGGAGAUCUGCUGUGCAAACAUGUGUGCAGGGCCCGUGGGAAGAACUUCAUGACGAGUCGAGGGGAGCAGUUCAUCGAUGGGACGAGGUGUGGGCGGAGCGCCUGGGGAGAUGGAGAGGUGCUCAGGCUGUGUGCAGCAGGCGCCUGCAUGGCUUUUGGGUGUGAUGGCAAGAUGGAUUCUGGGAAGAAGAUGGACGCCUGCAGGGUGUGCGGUGGAGGCAACUCUACUUGUUUCGGCGUGAAGGGCUCCUACACUGGAGGGGCAGCCAGAGAAUAUGUUACCUUCCUGGUGCUUUCUCGUAACACUACCACAGUCCAUGUGAUCAACCGGAAACCGCUCUUCACUCACCUGGCUGUGAAGAUCCACAGGCGGUAUGUGGUGGCUGGCUCCGGCAGUAUUUCUUUGAAUGUCACGUACCCCUCUGUCCUGGAGGACAACCGGCUAGAAUACAAGGUCUUUCUUACAGAGGACAACCUGCCUGCCUUGGAGGAAUUUCGCAUGGAUGGACCACUGCAGGACGAUGUAGAGAUCCAGGUUUAUAGGAGAUACGGGAAGGAAUAUGGGAACAUCACCAGCCCAGACAUCGUCUUCAGCUACUUUCAACCCCAUGAAAAACAGGAAUUCAUGUGGGUUUCCCAGCCCAGGCCCUGCUCUGUGAGCUGUGGGGAAGGGAUUCUGCAAGUCCAUCACUCCUGCUUUGAUCAGACAAGAGGCGAAAUGACCAGUGAUCUGCAUUGUCUCAAAAAACCCCGCCCACCCGCCAAGCAGGAGCCUUGUUCCUUGGCACCCUGCCCGCCUCAGUGGAAGGCAUCCAAGCCAGGCAAUUGCUCUGCCAUUUGUGGCUUAGGAAUUGCCCCACAGAAUUUGUCCUGCGUCCAGGUUCACGGUGGCCUGGAGACUGUUGUGGAGGAUGCCCUGUGUCCAGCGGAGAAGAAGCCCCUCGCCUUCGUCUCCUGCACAGUGAAUGUCUGCCCUUUGGGGUGGCACAGGGAGAGAGGUGGGCCUCCCCUGGAGCCUUCUGUCCCCAUUUGGCCCCAUCAGAAUGGCAGUCAGUCAGUACACGUCUGGAGCCCCUUGGCUGGAGAAUGCCCCGUCAGCUGCGGAGGAGGCUCAGUUCUGCUGCACUAUGUCUGUCUGGACUUUGAUACCAAAGAAGAAGCUGAGGAGGAAUAUUGUGACCAGGCACUGAAGCCCAAGAGUCAGGUGGAAAUCUGUAAUCCGUUGCCAUGCCCACCAAGCUGGUUUCGCAAACAGGGCCCUUGCAGUGCGAGCUGCGGUGGAGGUGUGAUGCGCAACGUCCUGUACUGUGCGCGGCAGAUGGGGAAGAAGGAGGAGGAAGAGAUCCUGCCAGACACACACUGCGAGGAUUUGCCCCGUCCCGACGAACAGGAAGCGUGCAACCUGCAACUGUGUCCCCCAAGGUGGAAAGUGGCAGGUCUCAGCCCAUGCUCCUCCUCCUGUGGUCUUGGGGUGGCCGUCCAGACUGUAAUUUGCGUACAGUUUUCUGGAGGCCAAGAGACCGAAGUGACAAACGCCUCUUGCCUGGAAGCAGAGAAGCCCCCUUCCCACAUCCCCUGCAUUGACCGGAGGUGCUCUUAUGAGUGGAGAUUCACCAAAUGGACAGAGUGCUCUGUGUCUUGCGGGAGCGGCGUCCAGACCCGGGAAGAUUUCUGCGUCAGUCCCCAAACGGGAGCUCGAGCGGACCCUGUCCUGUGCAGGCAUUCCCCCAAGCCUGUGAGGGUGAGAAGCUGCUCCCUCAGCCCCUGCCUGGACCAACCCAUGGCAGGCAGGCCCCUCGGGACUCCAACGCCCAGUGCUGCUGACCGAAUGGCACCAGGAGCCACUGCCAACCCCACAGUCCCAGGAGAGAGAGCCCCGGAGCACCCACAGCCUGGCCAAGGGGCUCCUUCCGGGAGGCACCUGGGGAAGAUGCCAGGGGAAGACGAGACUGGUGUUUGUGGGAGACUGCUCCUCAGGGCCACCGGGGUGAUCAACAUGACCGGCUUGCAAGCCAGUGACUGCACCGUGGCCAUUGGCCGCCCCUUAGGAGAGGUGGUCACAGUCCAGGUGCUGGAGAGCUCCCUCAACUGUAGCACAGGAGAGAUGGUGGUGUUUUCCAGCCGAAUGAUGUGGCGGACUGGCUGCAAGAGGUUGCCGCUGUCAGUCAUAAACGCCCGGACCAACACCCUGAUGGUGAGACAGCGCCUCCUGCUGCCCGGCAAUGGAAUUGUCCUUCAGUACAGCAGCACAGCGGCAAGGAAGAAAUACCAACAAGAUUGCGACGUGCAGCUUUUUGGUCCCCGAGGAGAAAUAACCAACCCUGCACCAUCAGCCGGCGAGGGCACGCAAGCAGCAUGCAGAACCUUCAUUGACGUGGCUCCUCGGCACCGCAUAGCCAUCCAUGCUGUGCGUGUGGAUCUGAGCAUCCAGGCCAACCAAACGCACUCCCAUUACAUCUUGAUUCGAGAUGUGAACAACAUGAAGACCUCAGUCUUCUAUGGAAACCAGCUCUUUUACUGGGAAUCGACAGGGAACCGGGCAGAGAUCGAAUUUAACAAAGACUUUGCCAAUAGCCGUUUCCAAACAGAGUACUGGAUCGUGGAACCCCAAUAAACCCCCAGUGGUCCUGCUAUUAUUGUGGAGGAAAUAACCACUGGAUAACCACCUUGGAGGCUGUGCAGCAGCAAGGGAGGGAUGUUGACGGGGUGGAUUCUCUUGCAGGAUGGAGAAACAUCCUGCAAAUAGGCAGCAACCCCAUCCCCCUUCUAGGGAUCAAUAGUUGCGGAAGUGGAGGCAGCAAGGGAGACUCCAAGGCAUUUUCUAUAUGGGGUUUGGGUUGGGUGGUUUCUCCUUUGCUACUGAGACUCCUGAUGCAGCACAGUGGGAACAGGGCAUCCACAAGGUGGCAGAGUUCCCGUUUUCCUGCCCCAGUUCCUGGCAAGAGCCCUCCCCUCCCAUCUCCCCCCACCCCCGACACAUCACCAGGGCUUUCUUAUUUUUUAAAAAUUGGCAAUUGACCAUUAUGCAACUUUGUGAUAAUCUGUUUAUCGGGUUCUCUCUGAAUCCCUACCUUUCAUUUUAAAAGGUAGGCCUCCAGCUCCUUUCAUUGUGGAGAUAUAAGGGGAAAAGCACGCCUCUGCCAUGAAAGGAGACUUAACACUGAAAACUUUGUUAUGCAGAUUCUUCAAACAAUACUCAGUUACUGAUUUUAGAAAACAAAGAAGACACCCCCACAGGAGUGGAGGGGGGAAAUGGUUGCUACAGGAAUGGGGCAGGGAAAAUUACUGCCGCAUUGGUGGGGCCAGGAAAAUCUGAGCUUUCCCAUCCCCACAUCAGCCAUCCAGGCUGUGCCGUGAUCUUUUCCAAAAUUUUGCAGCAAAGUGGGUUCUGGGAAAGACGAAAAACUGGAAAACCUGGGAAGUGCAUGAAUGUUCUAUAACACUGUGGGGAAACAAGAAAAAACUUGCUUCCCAACAGGAUCAGACCCAGAGGAAACAACCCUCGGGAAAAAUCCUAAUGUUUGGCCGUCUGUGUCACUGACCAGGGCUGGCGCGUGGGGGUAGGCGGCUACCUAGGGUGCUACCUCACCUGGGGGCGCCCCCUUACCCUUUCCCUGGCUGGAAGGCACUGCUCGGCUGCCACAAUCUUUGGAGGCUUCCUUAGAAGCUUCCGAAGAGUGCGUGUCAAGCAUUGUACACCCAUUCUAUAUUGCUGAAGUCAGACCUUAGAAUUGUUAUUCUGAUGCUAGAAAAUUUAGAUGGUAGAAAUGUUACUAAUCCAAAGUUAAAAUGUGAGCACAUCAAAGUAGCAACCCCCACCUUUCUUCUUUCACUUUUACUAACAGAUGCAGGAAUGUCCUCUUUGAAGAUAAGACCUCCUGGGACUUGUUCCCAGGCCUAGCAAGGCCUGAACCCAGGAUGCGAUAGCCGCAAUAGAGAUAAGGAACCCAGAGUGUGAAUUUCACAUGUGAAUGUAGAAUUGUUUAUAGAACCUUUGGUGUACCAUUUUAAAGCUUGUAUUCUAGUGUUACAAAGUAUCAGUCCCAAUCUUCAGCUGGAAUGAGCCACAUGGAUUAUCAAUAAACCUAACUUUGUUUCAAAA